AUGUUUAAGAGGAUGGCUGAGUUUGGUCCAGAUUCAGGAGGACGUGUGAAGGGAGUGACGAUCGUGAAGCCCAUUGUGUUUGGAAACAUUGCCCGGUAUUUUGGUAAGAAGAGAGAAGAGGAUGGUCAUACUCACCAGUGGACGGUCUAUGUGAAACCUUAUAGGAAUGAGGACAUGUCUGCUUAUGUCAAGAAGAUCCAGUUCAAACUUCACGAGAGUUAUGGAAAUCCAUUAAGAGUGGUCACCAAACCGCCGUAUGAGAUAACCGAGACUGGCUGGGGAGAGUUUGAGAUCAUUAUAAAAAUCUUCUUUAUUGACCCAAAUGAGAGGCCGGUCACCCUGUAUCACUUGCUGAAGCUGUUCCAGUCAGACUCUAGUGCCAUGCCCAAGAAGACAGUUGUCUCUGAGUUUUAUGAUGAGAUGAUUUUCCAGGAUCCCACAGCAAUGAUGCAGCAGCUCCUGAACACCACCAGGCAACUCACACUGGGGGCCUACAAACACGAGACGGAGUUUGCGGAGCUAGAGGUGCGGACGCGAGAGAAGCUGGAAGCAGCGAAGAAGAAAACAAGCAUGGAGAUUACGGAGCUGAAGGAGAAGCUAAAAGCGUCCAGAGAAAACAUCAACUUCUUGAAAGAAGAGAUACGCAAAUUAGAGGAGGAAGACCAGAUUAAGGAACACUGAGGAUACACAAACGCACAGUGUGGCAGAAGUGGAGGACGUUUGUCCUGGAUGGAGUGAACUCAUGUUUUCCAUUCAGUUCAAGUAUAUAAUUGUUUUUUUUUUUUGUUUGUUUUUUUUUUCUUUUCUUUUAAAUAACUGUUUCUACAGUGGACACUUUUUGUAUCAAAAAAGAAAGCGUCUUUGUCUUCUCAGUUGCAUCAUCCCAACUUCACUUUGUACUGUGGUGCGUGUUAGAGAUGUAUAUGAGAAUCACAGCAUUCUGUGUAAAGGGGCUUUCCAUGGUUUUUCAAAAAUAUAUUUUGAGCUGCCUUAUUCAGUGGUUGAGACAUAAACAUGUGCAGACGUGGUUUAUUGUGAAAUAGUGUAAAGAAACUUACUGACCCAGAUUUCUUUACAGUGGUGGUGGUGGUGAGUCUACAGUACAAUGUACUGUCCAAAACAAACAGGGAAGUAUGGUUUUUAUAUGUAACGUUGAUGAUAAAAUAGUAAAUCUGAAGUAAUACUAAUUGCUUUGGGCACUUUUUAUUUUACCAUAAAAUGUCCUGCAUGUAUCUCUCCACCAUGAAUGUAUUUUAAAAAUAUCUUUUGAGCCAAAAUGUUCAAAUCUAAAGAAUAGGAGUGCAUUCAUAAAUACUUGAUAGAAAUAAAUAAAUAAGUAAAUAGCUUUCUGUGAGAGAGUUUUUAGCAACAUGAAGCUUUUCAGGUGUCUGGUUCUUUUCACCACCACCACCAGUGUGAACAAUUCUGGCUCAGUAGGUUUCUCUGGAGCAAAGCAUUUCAUAUCAGACCGCUCUGAAUGACUUUAGACACUUGGCCGCUUAAUUAAACUGAAAUUUGCAAUUGUAAUUCUCCUUUAAGGGAAUUCCCCAGAAUUUCCUUUUUGCGAUAAUCUCUAUCUGUUGCACAUGUAACAUGUGGUUUAUUACCACAGACAAUAAUUUCAGCAGGUUUCCCUGAAGAGAAACCCCACUGACUCAACAUACUCUUAUGAUAGAAGCCAAUAGGCCGUGGCUGAACUAUUCAUAUGAAUAUGAAGUACAUAACUGUAUAUCUCGAAACUCCAGCCCAUUUGCUAGUGAUGUGUUCAAUAGGUUGCUCUACUACACCUUUGCAAUUUAGCUUGGCAAAUACGCAAAUUUAACUACCACUGGGACUAUUGAUUACAUUGCAAAGUCAGAGUAAUCAGACUGGUGUGAAAAGACAGAAACAAACGUUUGGUUUUGAACGUACUGGCAAGCUUUUUUUUUCUAGCUCUAGUUCCUAGCUGGGUAAAAAAUAAAUGGGUGUUUUUAACUAUUUUGGUGAUAUUUUAGCUUCUUGUUGAAUAGAAAGCUGUUUUAACAAUAAUAAAGUGUUUUUAUACAG